CUUUCUUGGUUUCUUGUUUCAACGGGCAAGGUUUUCGAACCGAAGCUCUCUCUCUCUAUCUCCAUAUGAAACGUUAGAUGGGGUUUGAAACUUUCGGAACUGCUCUACUCCGGUGACAUCGAUUUAGAAGGAGCUUCCCAGCUGUUGAGAACGGUUCAAGGAUUUCUCUCGUUUGAUAGAAUUUGCUUAGAUUCAUCUUAUUUUGAUUGGAUGGUUGUUUGCGGAGGUGAUGAGAGUGUUAAGGAUUUGAAUGAAAGGAAAAUGGUUGAUGAACCUUGUCUGGAGAACAAACAAUCAGCAGCGACAUUGAGCUCUUCUGUUUCUGAGGGAAGUGACAGUAGUAUUGUCAGAUCCCCAGGGAUAAGUAGUCCUACUGCAACCUCAUCCUCUCAUAGGAGACAUACUGGUCCGAUCAGAAGAGCUAAAGGCGGGUGGACCCCUGAGGAGGAUGAUACACUGAAGAGAGCUGUUGAAGUUUUCAAGGGAAAAUGUUGGAAGAAAAUAGCCCAGUUCUUCCCUGAUAGAUCAGAAGUGCAAUGCUUACACAGAUGGCAGAAAGUUCUCAAUCCUGAACUUGUUAAAGGACCUUGGACGCAAGAGGAAGAUGAUAAAAUCAUAGAGCUGGUUUCAAGGUAUGGGCCUACAAAAUGGUCUGUUAUAGCAAAAGCACUUCCUGGACGUAUAGGCAAACAAUGCCGUGAGAGGUGGCACAAUCAUCUGAAUCCUGAUAUAAAAAAGGAUGCUUGGACAUUGGAAGAAGAACUCGGACUCAUGAAUGCACACAGAACAUAUGGAAACAAAUGGGCUGAAAUAGCUAAAGUGCUACCUGGAAGGACUGAUAACGCAAUAAAGAAUCAUUGGAAUAGUUCCUUAAAGAAGAAGUUAGAAUUUUACAUGGCUACCGGAAACCUUCCACCAGUUGCUAAACAAAGUGUCCAAACAGGACCCAAAGAAACUAACUGGACAAGUUCUGUUAGAAAACCAUUUCUCUUAUCAGUUAAAAGACCAAACUCAACUGCCGAACCUUCAUCUUCAACUAAGGAGGCUAAUAUAACUGAAGACUGUAGCGAAGAUCAAUUUGAAUCAUUGAAUGCUGAUGAUAGCAAAGAUCACUCAGGAGAGGCAAAACCAUUAGAUCUACUAAGCCAGAUGAGACAAUCAUAUGCUGAUGAUCAUCCAGACCAUAGUAAUUCAAACAUAGUGCCAAAACUGGAGCGAUUUGAAAUCAGUGUCAAGAUCAAUCAAGAUGAAGAAAUUCCAAUUUACACCGUUCUAACUGAUUCCAUCAUAGGCUCUAUUAAAGUUACAGGGUCAGAUAACUGUUCAACUCCUCCGCCAAUCACUCUAUAUAACCAGAGUCCUGUAUCCAUCCUAAAAAUGGCAGCCAAGAGUUUUCCCAAUACUCCAUCUAUAAUUCGGAAGAGGAAAUCUGAAGUUCGAACUACACCAGUUAGCAAAAUUAUAGAGGCAGACAUUGUUGAAGGCAAAAGAUCGUGCACAAGCCCUCAAUUUGAUAACAGUUUAGAUGGAAUGGCGUUUAAUGCGUCUCCUCCUUAUAGAUUAAAGUCCAAACGAACUGCUCUUUUCAAGUCAGUAGAAAAGAAACUUGAGACUGAAUUUAAUAAAGUGGGUGAUGACGAUCUGAAUUUGAGCUCAACUGCCACUGAAUCCCAAGUAUCAGAAAAUGGCUGACUAAGAGAAAUACAUGGGUUAUAUAUAUUUCAGGUCUUGUGUGGCUCUUAAAGACAUGAAAAUUCAAUGAGUCCUACACAAAGGACAGCCAUAGUCAGAUUUCAGAUUCUUCUCUCAUCUGUUGCUUGCUUGCUUACUUCUCAAGGAAAUGAAUCUCAUUUGCUGGCUACUUUUCAGUGGUAUUUUAUUUUUACAUUUGUUUUCCACACGAAAUUUUGGGUAAAUAUGUGUUAUUUUAUAUUGUUAGUGUUGUACUAUUUAGGAUGCAACUAAUAAGUGCCAAAUUUAAAGUGAGACAAAGGCACUGAAAAAGAUUGGAAAAAAGUUGCCUUUAGAAUAAAAGAAAUUUGCUUUGGAACAUUAUUGUUAGUUUGCAUCAAGGACCAGUAAAAAUAUUAUGAUUAUGAUUUUAAUUCUUGGGUA